AUGUACUCAAGUACAUAAUUGUCUAUGUGACCUGUUGUUAUAAUGAUACUGUACAAUAACACACAUUACAUAACCACAUUCAGCCAAAGAAAUUAAAAAACAAAACAAAACAAAACAAAAAAAACAUUGAAUUCCAAUGAAAGAAAAAAAAAAAUACAUAAAUGAGGCAUUAUUCGUCCAAAGUGCAUGAGUGCCCUCUGGUGGAAAAUAGUUCCUAGUUUGAAUAGUGACGUGUUCUGUCAUAAUUACUAUUUUGAAAUCAAAAGCAUCAUAUCUCCAGUUUUUCGUGGUCAAGCUGUGCCAAAUAAAAACUGGAAGAGAGGUUAAAAUCCGCACUUUCGAGUCAUGUUGAGGGCAGCGCUCUAUAUCAAAUACUUCAUUUUUAAUGGUGCUUUAAAGAUUGAACAGGCUGGCAAGAAGACAAAACGGGAAGCUUGCGUCUGAUUGGUAUAAUGGAGUCAUAUGAUAAUUGUCGCGAUGUCUCAUUGGUGAAAUCGGUAGAGCAACUUGCUAAUAUAACAGGUGCUACAGCUACUUGGCUUCGCUGGCAAAAAAAAAUAAUACGUAGAAUAAAGAGGAAAAAUGUAACUACUCUUCUGUGGCCCAAAGUAGCAGAACCGCUGGAUACCAUUGGAAGCCUAAGCAAUCGCUGGUCAUACGGCUUUGCCUUCGGAGCAGUGUCCUACGGCGUCCUGCUGCUCUUCUCCGAAAAUUACAUUCCUUUUGCUGUUCCACCGUGGGCCCGAGCUGUAGUUUACCUGGUUGGUGCUUUGGAAGUGGGACUUGUGAACUUUCCUUUUUUUGCCUGUCUGUCAACGCCCUUCAGAGCAACUGGAGCUGUGUUAGGAAUUCUCUACUCGUUGUGUUGGCUUACCAUUACAGUGUGGGACACAUUUACAUGUCCAGGCGGCAAGAUGUUGGGCAAAUACCAGAAGAUAAUCAUCCAAUGGCCCUGUGUCCUUUCACACAUUUUUCUUUUGGGACGAUUUGUCUACAUGCUCGUCAAAGAUGUUCGAAUACAUCUACAGUUGGAACAGGAGGAUUUAGAUAAACUGACUGAGCAGCAUCAAGUACAGCAUGUUAAGAGACUACUGAGGAAGACAAAUACACUAAGCAAAGCCCAGACUUGGUUCCAGAGCAGAGUGUAUGAGUGGGAUCCCCACUUCAAGUUCCCUAACAGAAUCGUUGGCACUGCCAUCAUAUCCCUCAUAGGAUUAUACACGAUGACUCUGGCUGACUACAGUCUCAGUAAUUUUGCUUUUGGCAAAGUGGAGAGGUGGAAGAACAUGCUCAAAAACUUGACGUUCUGUGAUCAGAACGAGGCUUUGGCAGCAAUGAUGCCACAACUGGAAGAGUUCAUUGACGUUGCAAGAAAAACUUGGUUUGCAACCACCAUCUUUGCUAGCCUUAAUUCAGUUGCCUACACAUUGCAUGUGCUGAUAUGUUACAGGAAACAUUUAAAGAGACUUUGGAAAGGAGAGAAAGGUUUUCUCCCCGAGAAAUUGCUCCAGCCCAAGUCUGCUACCAGUGUGGCCUCCAUCGCACGCUACUCUGGAUGGCAAAUUGCUUUUACUCUCUGGGGUUAUCUGAUGGUCCACUUUGUUCACUUCCUGAUUGCGGUCCUGUUGGUGUAUUUUUUUGUAAUUCCAAUAAAACAUGGCAACGGUUUGGCCAUGCUGUCCCACUUAGGAAUCUUAAUUGUGACCAUUGGUCUGGUGGUAGCCUUAGUGAUCUUCCAGGUACUUUUGGUCCACGUUUUUUUCCUCCAGGACAAAUUGUCUCCCACAGAUAAACACAAACCUCUGGCUCUCAAUAACAGAAAAGCAUUUCACUGCUUCACCUACUUUUUCUUUUUCUACAACGUGAUCAUGGGGAUAAGCAACUGCUUCAUAAGGCUUGUGACCAGCAUUGUGCUGGGAACAUGGCUUGUGUCCCGCAUCGACCGUACAAUCAUGCAGAGGGGAUAUGAAACCAUUGAUGCUGGAUAUACGACAUGGAUCGGGAUGAUAUUUGCUGACCACUAUCAUAACAAUCCAGUUAUGGUGUGUUUCUGCCAGCUGCUUGUCUUUACCACAGUGGAGAAACAAACAUUAACUGCAUACUCCACAUUCAUCAACACGCCAUCUGAAAAUUCUGUGAAUAGCCGGGCAAGGAGACGCUGGGCAUUACUUUACACCCUCCUGAGGAACCCUAAUCUCAUCCUGCACAGGAAGCGCCACCUCUCCCUAUUGGGGACACUUCAUACGUCUCCUUCUCUUCAAACGGACACAGUCUUGCAGGCUGCUGUUAUGGGUUGUCAGUUACAGAGGCGCAAUGCAGCACUUGUGCACUUUCCAGGAAACAGUGAGGCACAAACACCAGACGACUAGAAACUUUUUGUCAAUGGUUGAAGGCCUUGUUUCACUGCAUAUCUAUUCUUUAAACUGUCAAGCACUAAUUUUUUAGAACUAGUUUGUCAUGCAAUCAAUUUUUACAUUACACCUGUGGUGACUUUUUUUCUGAAGAAAAACUAUGCAAAAUAUGAAACAGUGUGUGGGGGGGUGGGGGCUUGGGUUACAACAGUAAACAGAAAUAAGUAGCUCAUUCUGUGACCUUUUUGCAGUUCUGCAUUUUGACCCGUCUAAGUUUUGAGAUCAGUGGCCUAUACUACGAAGCCGGUUUUCUGGCUUAGCAGGGUAACUUCGAGAGUAACUUUAUCACGUGCGACGUAAGUUCGCGGCUAUGCGAGACUACGAAAGGUGGAUAUGUUGGAACCGAGAAGUGUUGCCAUGGCAACACACGCCACACGCCAAACCUGGUCGUGUCAGAGUUAGAUCUUGCUUAACAUCAGGAUUCCAAUUAACCACGCUCUAUUUAAACAGCACUCCUCCGCGGACGUGUCCUCCUGACAAUGACAGCGUACUUGGACGACCCAUACGACAUUGGCGCGCGGAUUGUGAGGGGCUCUCUCCGGAGGGCACGGGUAUUUCGGGACCGCGAGAAUCCGCUGACGUACCCGGACGAUGUACUCCACGAAAGAUAUAGAUUUUCAGCUUAGGGAAUUCUUUACCUGUGACAAAUGAUCGAGGCGGACGUCACUAAUGUAACCCGCCGAGUCAGGCCCUCACAACCGCGCAGCUUGUGUGCCUGUCCGUGCGCUCUUUUGCUAGGGACAAUAUAUGUAUUCCAUCUGUGAUGCUGAAUACCUGCGUAAGAACACUGUAUGCCGUGUGAUUCGGAGUGGGGUAUGGAAACGCUUCAAAUUGAUUGUUGAAAUCGCUGAAUGUAAACGAAUGCGGAGCAUUGCUCUCAUUCAAGAAAUAUAUUUAACGAACUUUCCAGCGUUAUUUCGUUGUGUAAAUCCAGUUAUAAUAAUUAUAGAAAAAUAUAGACUAUUUAAACAUUGAGAAAACUUGCGUUUUUUUCUGCCAACUCGAAGAGAUUAAAUUGUCAAAUCCACUGAUAGGACAGAUGCACAAAUAUAAAAGACAUAAAUGUUUAUUUAAUAUGCACCUUACAGUCUUGUUUAACUGUGAAAAUUCGUUACAAAAGACGGGCUUUAAUUUACGCAACAACGCAUGGCAUCCCGCAUUUCCUUCUUCUCCUUGAGUCCUCACAAAUAUAACAAUUUUUUUUUUUUUUUUUUUGGUCGGGCUUGGGCCUGCAAAUCAAGUUGAUUGAUCGGACUCGGGUCGGGCUGGAUUUUUUAGCCCUAAACUAAAAAAAAGAACAUACGUAUUCAUACAGUCAAGGGGACUAAACAUACAAUCAUCCUGCUUCAUGUGGUGAUGCGCGAUAAAUUAUUUCUUACUGUUAACGUACCAAAUCUUCUUUUAUUGUCCUAACAGCAGGCUUUAUUUCUAUUGAUGGACAUAAGUAAACUGGCAUAUUGACGCAUUCACAAAUCACACGAUCUGUAAAUUCGCUGUCAAUAGACCCGUCGCACUCUACUCGCCGAAUCGGUGUUGGAUUUCGCGGUGAGGGUGGAUUUUAAUCUUCGCGCAUUCCUCCUCCAUGAAGUAAGGUGCCUGUGCCAUCGUCACAAGUAGUGUUUGACUCUGGUCUCCGCCCCCUUUUAUGUGAACGCGCAGUAACUCUGACUGGGUUGACACAGGUUCGACUAAUCAACCUCAUAAUCAGCGUCGUAGCACCGAUUGACCACAAACUAGACAACCAGGUUUUGUCAACUCCGGUUACCCGCUAGUAAACUGGAUUACUUCUGGGGAGGUUGAACUCCGUUCGUAGUAUAGGCCACAGGUUUUGACAGCCAUUGUUUUUCACGGUCUCGUUUACUCUUUUGCCUUGGUGUUGGCUCGGUCUUGGACUGACAUUGUGAUUUAAAUGCAAAAUACUUGGUUAAGAAAAUCAAAUAUGUCUAUUUUUGUGUUACCAGCUUUCCACUGGCCCUGUAAAUGAUUGCAACCUACCUUCAUAAUGUAAAAAAAAAAAAUUUUUUUAAAAAUCAUUUUAAAAUGUAUUUUUAUGGUCUUGUUUCGGUCUCCAUUCCAAAAAAUAUUUGCCUUGUCCUGUGGCCUAUACUACGAAGCCGGUUUUCUGGCUUAGCAGGGUAUAACUUCGAGAGUAACUUUAUCACGUGCGACGUAAGUUCGCGGCUAUGCGAGACUACGAAAGGUGGAUAUGUUGGAACCGAGAAGUGUUGCCAUGGCAACACACGCCACACGCCAAACCUGGUCGUGUCAGAGUUAGAUCUUGCUUAACAUCAGGAUUCCAAUUAACCACGCUCUAUUUAAACAGCACCCCUCCGCGGACGUGUCCUCCUGACAAUGACAGCGUACUUGGACGACCCAUACGACAUUGGCGCACGGAUUGUGAGGGGCUCUCUCCGGAGGGCACGGGUAUUUCGGGACCGCCAAAAUUCGCUGGCGUACCCGGAAGAUGUUCUCCAUGAAAGACAUAUUUUCAAGUGAGGAAAUUCUUUACCUGUGCCAACUGAUCGAGGCGGACGUCACUAAUGUAACCCGCCGAGUCAGGCCCUCACAACCGCGCAGCUUGUGUGCCUGUCCGUGCGCUCUUUUGCCAGGAACAAUAUAUGUAUUCAAUGAGUCCAUCGGUGAUGCUGAAUAUCUGCGUAAGAACACUGUAUGCCGUGCGAUUCGGAGUGGGGUAUGGAAACGCUUCAAAUUGAUUGUUGAAAUCGCUGAAUGUAAACGAAUGCGGAGCUUUGCUCUCAUACAAGAAAUAUAUUUAACGGACUUUCCAGCGUUAUUUCGUUGUGUAAAUAUUUAUAAUAAUCAUAGAAAUAUGUAGACUAUUUAAACAUUGAGAAAACUUGCGUUUUUUUCUGCCAACUCGAAGAGAUUAAAUUGUCAAAUCCACUGAUAGGACAGACGCACAAAUAUAAAAGAUAUAAAUGUUUAUUGAAUAUGCAUCUUACAGUCUUGUUUGUCAGCGAAAAUUCAUUACAAAAGACGGGCUUUAAUUUACGCAACAACGCAUGGCAUCCCCGCAUUUUCUUCUUCUCCUGAGUCCUCACAAAUAUAACAUAAAAUUUUGGGAGGGGGGGUUGGGCUUGGGCCUGCAAAUCAAGUUGAUUGAUCGGACUCGGGUCGGGUCGAGCUGGAUUUUUUAGGCCCAAACUAAAAAAAAGAACAUACGUAUUCAUACAGUCAAGGAGACUAAACAUACAAUCAUCCUGCUUCAUGUGGUGAUGCGCGAUAAAUUAUUUCUUACUGUUAACGUACCAAAUCUUCUUUUAUUGUCCUGACAGCAGGCUUUAUUUCUUUUCAUGGACAUAAGUAAACUGGCAUAUAGGGAAUGGGACGUACUACGUCAUUGUUUGGACGCGCCUCCAUGCUGGCAAUAUGAUUCACUUCCGGUUCAGCAGACUCAAUGCGGAUUGUAACGUGUGGUCGUGCUAAGCUAACUCUUUCGGUGUUUUAGAAAGAAAAUAUGGGUGCUUAUUGUUGCGUUACCGGGUGCAACAGCGUCUCCUACGACAAAAAAAGGGGCUAGGAAAAAUGGACUCACUUUUCACCGUUUUCCUGCAUGGAGGACCAAAUAUCAGAUCACAAAGGUACGACAGAUGGCUGGAUUGCAGCGGUUCGUCGGAAAAGCAUUUCUUAUGAUCAUAUUUCUGCUGGAAUGAGAGUGUGUUCCUGUCAUCUCUACUCUGUAAACCUGCUGACAACACAUCCUGAUUGGUCACCAUCUCUCUUCUUGGAUCAUUUGACAAAGAAAAUUUGUUCAAUGGAGUGGUCCCAUUUGUCCUGUGUCGGACUCAAACAAGCCCCUGCAGCAGACGCCAUCUGGGUCUGCCCUUCUUGUUGAUGAACUGCGGGCUUUUAACUUGUGAAAAUGCAAGGCCUUUAAUGCACAUAUUUAUUCUGACUGGCUAUUUAACUAUGGCCAGUGACAUGUUUUUUUGUUUUUUUUUAACCACUUUGACAAAGACACGUUUCAUUGUAAUGUUUAAUUUAUAUAUUCUAUUAUUAUUUUUAAUUUAUAAUAUUCUUAUUUGCUCUAAUGUAGACUUUAGACUGUCAAUUCAAAUAGUGUUGGAAAAGUUGCAAUACCUAAAAUAGAAAUGCAAGAACUGUAAAGUACAUAUUUAUACACCUUUAUUUACCUAAGGCCACUGGAUGUUUUUUUAACUGCUUUGAAAAAUACAGGUUUUGUUGUGAUCUUGUAUUUAUAUAGUAUAUAGCUUUUUAUAAUGUAUUAUAUUAUGUAUUAUAAUAUUUGCUGCCCCCUGCCAGAGUGUGGGCCAUUUUGUACUAAAAUGGUUUUAAACUGUCAGUUCAAAUACCGUGUUGGAGACUAGUACUUGCAAUACUUAAAAUGGAAAUGCAAGAACUUUAAAGCACAUAUUUAUCCUGUCUGGCAAUUUACCCAAGGCCAGUAAAUAGUGUUUUAAACUACUUUGACAAAGACACGUUUAUUGUGAUCUUGUAUUUGUGUAUUACUUAUAAUUUAUUAUAUAAUAUUUGCUGCCACCGUCAGAGGGUGUGCCUUGUUUGCACUAAUUUAAAGAUAUUAAACUGUCAAUUAAAAUAUCGUAUUGGAGAAAUUGCAUUACUUGAAAUAAAUCUAUUGCAAUUUAUCAGUCCCAGUUUUUGUCUACAACACUGUCCAAAAAUUGUCAAUGCAUACUCCAAAUAGAAUAACAAAAUUAAGUCACCUGACUUUGUAAUUAUUACACCUGUUUAUUAUGAAGACCUGAAGUACACAACAAGCAGUUACAGUUUGUCAAGAAGUUGUUCAAGUCAUGUUUUGGUAUUCAUAUUUUAUUGACUUUUCACAACAACACUUGGGCUCGUGUUUGUAAGAGCAGAGCAAACUGAAGUUUCAGCGUGCACUCUUCGCCUUUCCAACCUCUCAUAACGCUCCGAUGUGGUGCGCUUGACCUCAGAAUAACCCAAGACGAGAUAUGGUGACCAAUCGGGAUGUGUUGUCAGCAUUUCAUAUGCAGGUUUUCCUAGGAACAUAACAGGUAGGUGAGGAGGAGCAGUAUGUUAGCAUUGCUACCGAGGCAGAUUUACAAAACGGUGAAAAAAAACAACAAAAAAAACGUAUUGAAACCAAAACGGAUAAAUCGUUCAACUUACAAGAGUAGAGAUGACGGGAACACACUCUCAUUCCAGCAGAAAUAUG